GUAGUACGUAGUACAAGAGAGAAUGUUUGGAAGAUGACAGAAGGGAAGUUAGCUUGUACGACAGAUGAAGUAGAGCCAGCUAACAACACUUUUUCAGAGUCCAACAAAGCUCCUGAUUAUAAUGAUACAUUAUUGGAAGUUUUCCCACUUAAUGAGAAUGUAAUAGAUCAAUUCCAGGAGGAGCUGCAAACUCUGCCUGAAGUGUUGUCUUAUAUAAAUUACUUGCAGAUGUGUGUUCAGAAGCAGAAUUUGCAGCUACAUAUUUUGACCCAUAGAAUUAAAGAAUAUGAAUCACAGCUGACAAAAAGAUGUGAAACUCUUGAAAAAGCUACGCAGACUGAGACUGAUGAAGUUGUGGACACUCCAUGGAUAACAGGAAGCUCACAGAGUGAGAUUCUGUCUUUAGCAGAACAAGUCAAAGAAGCUGCUGAAAGUGCUCUACAGAGUACAAACUUUGUAUAUGAAGAGACAUCAGGAAUGUAUUAUGACUACACUACUGGAUAUUAUUAUGAUGCUGAAAGAGGAUUAUAUUAUGAUGGAAAUAAUGGCAUUUAUUACUCCUACGACAAUGGAAGUGGUGAAUAUUUGUUCCAUUCCCAGAUUGAGCAAAUUCAAAAUGUACCCUAUGAAGCAGAGGAAAAGAAACGGAAGAAACUCAACAAGAAGAUAAGUAAAGAAAACAAAAAGUCUAAGACAGAAGAAAUUACAAAUGAUGACUGUGAUAAUGAAGGAAAGCAGGAUAGGGAUGACAACCGGGAAGAGGGUGAAUGCUCUGACAGCAGUCCAGAUGACAGUAGUAGCGAUAGCAGCAACAGUGACGAAUUAAAAGAAAAUCUUUUAGACAGUGACUGUUCAAAAGCUUAUCCACCAUGCAUGCGGAUUGUAGUGAAAGAAACAAAUGUGGAAAAAUUGAAGAUUGGUACCUUAUUUAUUGUGACAUAUACUGGAGGAACACUGGGUCGUGAAGGUGACCAUUCUGUGCUUAUUCCUGACAUCAACGUAAGCAAAUUCCACGCAAAAUUAAGUUUUGAUGAUGGAAAAUAUAGUAUAAUUGAUUUUGGUAGCAGAAAUGGCACUUAUCUAAAUGGUUCUCGUUUAUCUGCAUGUAAACAAGAAAGUGAACCAUUUGAAGUGGUGCAUGGAAGUAUACUGCAGGUGGGGGGAACGAAGCUUUUGUGUCAUAUCCAUUUGGGUCAUGACACAUGUGGACAUUGUGAACCCGGUCUCUUGCAGCAGGUGUCCUCUGAUAGAAAUGAGGAGAAGCUGACAAAAAGAAGUAUCUCUUACAAAAGUGGGCUCAAACAACUUCAACGAAAAUUAUGCCCCCGAAUUCCUGAUCCAAGAGGCAAUGACGAUACCAGAUACCAAGAUAGAGCUGAACUAAGGCGCUGCACUGUUGGAUCUCAGAAUGAAAAUGAAAAGACAUAUACUGCCUCUUUGGAUGAGCCAAUUAAAUCAGAUAAUAAGGGCUUCAAGCUAUUAUCAAAAAUGGGUUGGAGUGAAGGAGAACCUCUGGGAAAAGAGAAGGCUGGAAGCACGGAACCGAUACCGCUGUCGGAGCAGCGCGGCACCGCGGGCCUGGGCAGCGACGCUCCGCCCCCGCCGCCUUCUGGAGACGCCGCCGCCGCGCGCCGUUCCCAGCGCUGGAAGAAGGCGAAGCAGCGGUACGAGGCACUCAGCUAAUGCUGCCGCCACCGCCCGCGCCGUCGUUCGCGGAACAGACGUGACGGGUUUGAAUGAUGAUUCUGCGCACCUCACUCCCGUGCCUCGUGAGAUGCAGUAUGUUUCAAUUUCCCGUCUAAUUGCAUUUUUAGUUUGUUUUCGCGUCGUUGUGCCUACUAAGACUUUUUCACACCACAAAAGCGAUGAAAAUGACCCCACUAUAUUCAGAUUUUCUUGAAAGAUGAUUCCACACACUAGGUGAGGUACAACACCGAGCGAAUUUUGUCGAACGUCCCGCCCCCUUUUGUCUUCGAAGGAGGAGCAGUUUUUACCUGGAGUCAUGACAUACUUGUGAGUAAGUAAUGGAGUUUAUAAAUUAUAGAAACGUUGCACGAAGGGGAAUAACGAAUAAAUCGCAUUCAAGAAGAGAGUGGCGUCUUAAGACUGUAGGAUUUACUGUGCGAGUAACUAAUCAAUUAGCCUGGAAUCAACUGGCGAUGUGUAACUAGAUUAUGAUUGGAAAGAAUACAUAUUUAAUCACAGUUAACGCGUUCUCCCAGCAAACUGUUUCGUUCUUUCUUGAAAACGUUUGAUGAUGCAAAAUAUGGCAAGAUAGAACGAGGAAUGUUGGAAAAACAAAACACUGAUGAUGGUGUUCAUGAUCCAAGGAGCCAUUUCACAAUAAAUAAAAUAACAUUCAGAUUGUUAUUGUAAAUUUGUUAACUGUGAAGAUACAUAUAAUAAAUAAUUUCCCGUGAA